AUGAAGGUGCUUUUGGCCAGCUGGGGGUUGCCUCAUCCCGUCAUUCAGGCUUACAGCAACAUUGGCAUCCAGCGGCUGUUUCCAUGGCAGGCAGCCGCAGUCGAGGAGGGCGCAGAUGGCAGCAACUUGGUUUUCUCUGCACCGACAUCGGGGGGAAAGAGCUUGGUGGCAGAGGUAUUGCUCAUCAGGCGACUGCAACAGAAGAGAAGAAUGGGACAGUCCUGGAACCGAAAGAUCUUUGGACGUGCACUCUUUGUCCUUCCCUACCUGAGCGUUGUUGCAGAAAAGGCAGCACACUUGCAGCACAUUUUGGGGCCCAUGGGCUGCAAGGUUAAGGGAUACAAUGGAUCCGUCACAGGAAUGCCAUUGGCACCAAGGGGGGAAUCGGUGGCUGUGUGCACACAUGAGAAGGCCAACAUCGUGAUAAACCAGCUAAUACAAGAAGCACGCCUGCAUGAGUUGGUGUCAGUCAUCAUUGAUGAAGUGCAUAUGUUGGGCGACAAGGACAGGGGCAUUUCCCUGGAACUUGGCAUCACAAAGCUUCUGUACUCGCAGCAUGGGCCCUCCACCCAAAUCGUAUGCAUGUCUGCAACGGUGCGGGGACUAGAGACCCUUAGGCAGUGGCUCCAGGCUCGCCUGUUUGUGACCAAUCACCGGCCUGUGCCCCUCAUCCAGCAUGCCGUCUUUGACGGACAGGUGUUUGAAUUCAAGCCACCACCUGCAGGCACCCCUGGGGACACUGCUCCUCUGAAGCAGAUCCGGGACCUGACAGAGUCCAUCCUGCCAGAUAGAGACAGGCUUGUGCCUCUGGUUGCAGAGGCAGUUGCCCGCGGGGAGUCUGUGUUGGUGUUCUGUGGAAGCCGUGCACACACCCAGAGCUGUGCAAAGAUGGUUAGCGAGCUGCUUCCACAGCAGUUGCCAGAAACUGGUGGUUGUGAGGAAAGCAGGCAGAGCAGGGUGAAGCUCUUACAAGAGUUGCAGGAUGCAUUGUGCGGUUACUCGAAUCCCUUGCUGCAAGACCUGAUUUUGAGUGGAGUCGCCUACCACCAUGCUGGCAUGCUGCUUGAAGAGCGUCGCUGCAUGGAGGCAGGCUUCCGUUCAGGUGCCCUGUCUGUUUUGGUGGCCACCUCGACGCUUGCGGCUGGUGUGAACCUCCCAGCAAACAGGGUUAUCCUUCGGAGCCUGUGGCAGGGGGGCCAGAUUGUGAGCAAGACGAUGUACCUGCAGAUGGCGGGCAGGGCUGGACGUGCUGGCUUGUCAACCCGUGGGGAGUCGUACAUCAUAGGCAGGGGCUUUGCAGAUGAUGCCAACCAGGAGUGGCGACAAGUAUGCAGCCUGCUCACAGAGCCUCUGCCUCUCCUGGAAAGCCAGCUGGCACCCAGCCUCUCAGAUCCAGCAUCAGAACUGGACGUUGUUGGCAAAAAGGAACUCAACCAUUUUUGCAAAAUGCUGCUGGAAGUUAUAGCGAAUGGGUCCGUUCGGUCCGGCCAGCAGACCCCUUAUGAGCUUUUGCACAGAGUCACCAAAGGAUCCCUUGGUGCUUUGAGGGAUGCAAAGCUCAUAUCACUGGUGGCCGACAGCAGCAAGACAACAAAGGAGUCGGCAGCUUGGAAGCCAACAGCGAUGGGAAGAGCCAUAUUUGCCAGUGGUCUCAAGCUCAAUGAUGCUGUUGUCCUUUAUCAAAGACUGAAGAGCGCACAAGGCGGUCUUGUCAUGGGUGACAUGACACACCUGAUCUACACACUGAUGCUGGAACGCCCUGUUGACAUCUAUGACUGGGAGCAGUGGGGCCAGUUGUUCAGACGUCUGAAGUCCACGCAGAGGGAAGCUGCAAAGCGCAUAGGGGUCUUUCAGGAAGACAUCGAGGCUGUGUGCAGGGGUCAAGGAGUCAAGGAAGAGAUCUCAACCAGGCACUCCUGCUUUGCGGCAUCGUGUGCAAUUGCCGAUCUGCUCCAGGAACGUGCAGUUCAGCAAGUGGAGGAAAUUUGGGGGAAGUGCGGCGAACCUGCGGCCAUUCUUAAGGGUGGUUUGUCUGCUGGUCAGCUGCAGAAGCUUCAAUCCGAUGUUGCCAAGACGGCUGCAAUGGCAUCUUACAUGUGCCAAUCUGCUGGCUGGUGGCAGCUGGACACCUUGACUUCCCUGCUGGCACAGCAAGCAUCUGUGGGUGUGCGGCCCGACCUGCUGAGUCUUAUGCGCAUCCCAACGAUGACUGCUGCCCGAGCGCGAGCGCUGCAUGACAGGGGCAUCACCAGCCCUGAGGCUCUGGCCGCUGCGUCCGUGGAUGCCAUCGAGGCGGCUGUGGAAGAUGUGUUGCCGAACAACUUGAAGAGGCAGAGCAAGAGGGCGUGCAUGGAAGGGCAACGGGGUGCAUGUGUGGGCCAGCCUGGCGUUCGUGCACUGGUGCAGAGGGCAGCUAAGCGGCUGGUGGAGGACACAUGCAUGUUGCUGGUUGCCAAUGCAAGGGAGGCUGCAGAGGAAGCACGGGCUGUUGUGCAGGAACUUGCGGAUGUGGACAAAGUUGCACAAGGCACAGACUCAAGGGACCCGCAGAUCGUCAGCUGUCUUGUCCCGUCGGGUGGCACAGAUGUUGGGCCGCCUCGCCAACAUCAUUCCUCUGGUGCCUGCCAAGGCCACGUCUCUGUGCAGCAGCUGUCCAUCCAUUCCAGCAUCGCUGCCAUAGUGCAGUUCAUGGAGGCAUGGGCCAGUGCCCCUGUGUUUUCAUGGUGCUUAGUCCACACUGCAGGCGAUGAGACACAGUGUGACGAUGCCAACAUGCCGCUAUGUGCCACUUUUCAAGAUGCAGGGCCUGCAGAGCAGGGACGGCUGAAGCCAGUGAUCGGGAUUGCCGUGUGCUUUGAUCCUGGCCACGUUGUGUACCUUGAUCUCACACACAAGGCCGAAAUGAUUGAGGAAAGGGUGGUUGCAGAGCACAUGCUGUGGGCAGGUGUUGGGCGCGUAUUUUCCCAGGACAGUGCCUGCAAAGUUGGCUUCGGAUUGAGGUGGCAGCUGACUGAGCUGAUGUUGAUGAACGUCUUACCCAGGGCACCACUGUGUGACAUCGGUGUCGCGUAUGCACUGCUGCACCCAGAAUUACAGGAAAAGGAAGGGGCCAGGCUUCAUUCAAUCUUCAACAGCAUGGUCAGGCGCACGUUCUUCUUGCAGCCACUGGCACAGGCGUCAGUUGCCCAGGCAUGUCAAGAAGCUUACAUGUCAUUUCUGCUGUUUCAGCCAGUCAUGGACGUCUUGACACAGCAGUGCAGUCUGAGAUGCUUCCAAGAAGUGGAGAUGCGGUGCCUUUGUGCCCUUGCAGAGAUGUCCGCUGUGGGCCUCAACUUCCAUUGGACGUGCACUGAGGUGAUGGUCGACUGCCUUGCUGCCGCAUGCACAACAGCAUCAGGAGCCUUGGCCUUCAUUCUCAGCUGUGCAGUUGACUUUUCAACAAUGGAAGGAGCUGGGCUUGUUCUUGCUAGGCUGGGUGUGCAUGUUCCAGGCAGUAUGCGGAGGCGUGGUGAUUCACAAACUACCUGGUACGAGUCUGUGAUUGCUGCACUUGAGGGCGUGCUGGCUAAGGAAGCAGAUAUGUACAGUUUUCACAGCCGCAGGCUGUGUGUAUACUGGGCUCUGCAGGGGCUGUCUGCUCAGCGAGCUUUGGAAAUGUGGAGAACCAUUAAAGAUGGGGCGUCUCAGCAUCGCUUAUGCCCAUGGGUCCAGCCUGCUGCUCCCUUUGGUAGGCUGGAGGAAAGGGUGGGAGCGGUUUGCAACGUGCUGAAAACGCUGCAAAUCUACCACGCCUCUGUUCAGAGGAGUAACUUGUCAGUACAAGAUGAAAUCACGCUGGGCUCGUUGUGCCCCAGCUCGUUCCAAGGGCAUCUUACCCCAGUGGUUAUCCAACAAACAGAAGGGCCUCUGAGAGUGGGCUGGCUGCAUGGUGUCACUUAUGAGGGCCCAAGAAGCGACGAAGCUGCUCGUCAUUUCGGUUGGCAGACUGUCUGGCUGGCGUCUGUCUCUUUUGGAUCUCCAGUAGCUUCCACAUGGGAUGAUGGCCAUGGCAUGCGUGGUACAGAUUCCAGAUUGGUGCCUGCCAACUGUGUCUGGCUGGUUGCCACAUCAACAAAUUGCACCCCUUGCUGUCCGUCCAUCUUGGCCAAGGUCUGUGAGGCUAACCCUGUGUCACCACGACCAUCAUCAACUGAACAGAAGCACAUGCAUGGAACCGCAUAUGGCUUGCCAUGUGUAUCUCCGAUGAGCUUCGGGGCACAUGUGCGUCCCUCGUCGACUUCCAGGGCCUUCGUUCUGUGCAGCUAUUGGCUGCUGGAGCUCAGCGUCCUUGCACACUUGAGCAAUGACGGCACACUGCUGGCAGCGAUGGCAGCCUCCGAUCCCCUGCAAUAUCUGGACCAGACGGCUGCAUUGGACCCUGUCAGGAGGACGUGUGCAGGACUCAGGAACUGGAAGCACCCGUCAGUUGCUGACAGCCAUGUUAUAUAUGAUCGAGCUAGGAGUGCUCCCUUAGUGUUUUCUCAGAUGAUUAUGGGCAUGCUGCAUUCCCUGGUGUAUGGAUGGAGCCCCAAGCAGUUGAGCUUGUCUUUGGGGACAUCUCGCAGCCAAGCCCUGAAGCUUAUGGCUGCGCUGUUUGAUGCACUUCCACAAGUUAAGGAGUGUCGAGAUAAUCUGAUGGCUCUAACCAAGAGAAAAGGGUUUGUCCAGACUGUAACAGGCCGCAGGUUGUAUUGUCCCCAGCUUUCAAGCUCAGUGCCUCAGCAGCGUGCUCAGGCAGAGAGACGCAUUUUCAGUCAUGCAUGCUCCGGCUCUGUGGCGGACAUAAUCAAAACAGCACUCACAGAUCUGCACCGCCUGUUCAACGACCCAGAACCAGAUCAGCACCCCCUGCCUGUGCCACAUCCAGCAUUGACGACGGGGGCCAUAUGCCCUUUGUGCCAUGGCAGUGUUGGCAAUGCGCAAAAUCCAAGGGGCCCUGGUAGCAAAGGGAGUCCUCUGCACACCACACAGCCUUGCUGCAGUGACGUGCAGAGGAUGGAUGCGACUACAGAUCCGAAAAUGGAACAUCCUUCCAGCACCGCCCUAAAUGAUGCACAGAUUGGCUCAGUGCAAAGCAGCAGUCUCAAAAGGACAGCACACUGGGAUUGCCACAGAGCAACGCAACAACGUGGAGGAGCUUCAGAGGGUGUUGGGCCAUGUGAAUAUGGGCCUGAAUCUGGAGGAUGCAAUUCAGAACGGGGUCGUUUGUCGGGUGCGCUGUUCAACUGGCACAGGAAUUCUCCAAGAUUGGUGUAUGCGUGCGCAGACAUGAUUGUAGUGGAGUGCGCUGAGGGCGCAAUGGAGACAGUGGGCUCCUUGAUUGAGGACAGCCUGACUGUGCAGACAAGCGACAAACUUGGACUACAGGCGCCCAUCAGGGCAUCCAUAUUUUGGGGUAGGGAUCUGGAUGCUGGAAGGUGGCGGCGAUUGGUUCUGUCCAAAUGA